UCUAUCUUUCUCCUAAAAAAAAAACAGUAAAACCCUAGGGUCUAACACGUAUUAUUAGUGCAUAUAAUUGUUAGUUUUCUAACAAUAAAAAACCGCUCAUCACACCUUCAAAAGAGAGCCUCCAUGUUCGCUUUAUAUUCAACAGUCCAAAAACCCUUCCCACCUUCUAUCUCACUUCCUUCUCUUGUACCAGAGAGAGAAAAAGAAAACAAACACCUUACAGUCACACACACACACACUUGAAAAGCAAAAGCAAAAGAUCACACCAUCAAUCUCUUUUUCAUUCACCAAAAAGCGCCCAAAAGAAAGAAAGCAGAUCCUACAAUCACAACGAUGUAUAUACUUUCAAGAUCCUAUAUAUAUACACACGCGCACACAACCAUGCACUAUUUCUCUGCAUACUCCAGCUUUUCGAGUUCUCAACAAUGUCGUCAGAGAUCGUUGUUGCAGAACCCAUUGAUGAAGGUAGGAGUAGUAACAGAAGAAGAGAGUAUAACAGUACUAAUUCUGGGCCCUAUACAAGAUCAAUCACUUCCGGCGUCGAUCCCGUGCCCGAUCCUUUUGACAGUGAGAAGUUGCCGGUGACAUUGGUUUCGGAGAUUCAACGGUUUCUUCGUGUUGCGAAUCAGAUUGAAUUUGAAGAGCCUCGUGUGGCUUAUCUUUGUCGAUUUCAUGCUUUUGAAGUAGCACAUAACCUGGACCGAAAUUCAAGUGGGCGCGGUGUGCGACAAUUCAAAACUUCUCUUCUCCAGCGACUUGAACAGGACGAAGAAGUUACUAUUAGAAAACGGAAGGAAAAGAGUGAUUUACGUGAACUUAGACGUGUUUAUCGUAAUUACAAAGACUACAUUAUCAAACAUGGUGGAGAAUGUAAUUUUGAACAUAGAGGGAAGUUGAUUAAAGCAUGUGCAAUUGCUUCUGCUUUGUUUGAAGUAUUGAACACAGUUACACAUGCAGCUGGCUCUCAGGCAUUUGCAGAUAAUGACAACAACAAUAGAAAAUCUGAAUUCUACGUGCCAUAUAACAUUCUUCCACUCGAUCAAGCAGGUGUUCAUGAAGCAAUAAUGCAACUCCCUGAGGUUAAAGCUGCAGUGGCUGCUGUUCGCAAUGUUCGUGGUUUACCUUUUCCUGGAGACUUUCAAAGACGUGUGCCUUCCACGGAUUUGUUUGAUUGGCUUCAAAUUUGCUUUGGGUUUCAGAAAGGAAAUGUUGCUAACCAGAAGGAGCACCUAAUUUUACUCCUUGCCAACACCCAUAUUCGGCAAAUCCAUAAGCAAACAUAUAUGUCCAAGUUAGCAGAUGAAGCUGUGGAUGAAUUGUUGAAGAAGUUUUUUAAAAAUUAUACAAAUUGGUGCAAGUUUUUGGGGAGAAAAAGCAACAUUAGGUUACCAUAUUUGAAGCAGGAGGCCCAACAAUAUAAAAUUUUAUAUAUAGGGCUUUACCUUCUUAUAUGGGGAGAGGCUGCAAACCUACGGUUCAUGCCAGAGUGCCUCUGUUAUAUAUUUCACCAUAUGGCAUAUGAAUUGCACAGUAUGUUGAUUGGCGCUGUUAGCAUGACAACUAGGGAAAAGGUCAUGCCAGCAUACAGAGGAGAGUCCGAGUCUUUUCUUAAUGAAGUAGUUAGCCCAAUAUACAGGGUUAUACAAGAGGAAGCCAUGAAAAACAAAAAUGGGACAGCUGAUCAUUCUACAUGGAGAAACUAUGAUGAUUUGAACGAGUAUUUCUGGUGUCCUGAUUGUUUCCAAAUAGGUUGGCCCAUGCGUCUGGACCAUGAUUUCUUCUGUGUACAGCCUUUGAAUGACCAAAAGGUCACAAAUGCUCGGGGAUUGGUUAAUACUACUGAGGAAAAGAAGAUAGAAGAAAAUGAAGAUGAAGAAAUGGGGAUGGAUGAAGAAAUGGGGGCUACCACAAAAGUAGGGGAGCAGAAAUGGUUAGGAAAGACAUUUUUUGUGGAAAUCCGAACAUUUUGGCAGAUUUUCAGGAGCUUUGAGAGGAUGUGGAGCUUUUUUAUUCUUGCCCUUCAGGCAAUGAUAAUUAUGGCAUCUCAUGAUUUGGAAUCUCCCCUGCAAGUAUUUGAAGCAACUGUACUUGAGGAUAUCAUGAGCAUCUUCAUUACAUCUGCUAUUCUUAAACUCAUAGAAGCUCUUCUUGACAUCGCCUUUACAUGGAAGGCUAGAUUCACAACAGACUUCUCUCAAAUCCUAAAACACGUGCUGAAGGUGGUUGUUGCAAUUAUAUGGACCAUCGUUCUUCCUGUUUGUUAUGCUAGCUCUAGAAGAAAAUAUACUUGUUAUUCCACACAAUAUGGGAGCUGGCUUGGAGAAUGGUGUUACUCUUCCUACAUGGUGGCUGUUGCAUUUUACUUGAUGACUAAUGCAAUCAAUAUGGUUCUAUUUUUCGUACCAGUGGUUGGCAGAUACAUUGAGACAUCAAACUGCCAUAUAUGCACUAUUUUGUCAUGGUGGACACAGCCCAGGUUAUUUGUUGGACGAGGUAUGCAAGAAAGUCAAGCCUCCCUUUUGAAGUACACACUGUUUUGGGUGCUGUUAUUGCUAAGCAAGUUCUCAUUUAGCUACAACUUUGAGAUAAAGCCACUUAUAGCACCAACAAGACAAAUCAUGAAAAUUGGGGUAAAAAAUUACGACUGGCAUGAGCUCUUCCCUAAAGUCAAGAGCAAUGCUGGUGCAAUCGCAGCUGUUUGGGCUCCCAUAAUACUUGUAUAUUUCAUGGACACACAAAUUUGGUAUUCUGUUUUCUGUUCAAUAUUUGGUGGAGUUUAUGGGAUUUUGCAUCAUCUUGGUGAGAUUCGGACAUUAGGCAUGCUGAGAAGUAGAUUCCAGUCCUUGCCAUCUGCAUUUCAUACGUGCCUUAUCCCACCCCCAUCCCGAAAUGAUCAAAACAGAAAUUGGAAAGGUUUUUUACACCAUAGAUUUCAGAAGGUGUCAGAUAAUGGAAAGAAUAAUGUUGUUAAGUUUGUUCUGGUAUGGAAUCAAAUUAUCAGUGGUUUCCGAGAGGAGGACUUGAUAAGCAACAGGGAGAUGGAUUUGAUGAAAAUACCUUUAUCAUCAGAGUUAUUAUCUGGUGUAGUUCAAUGGCCUGUUUUCCUUCUAUCAAAUAAGUUUUCAACAGCUUUGAGCAUUUCAAGAGAUUAUGUUGGGAAGGAUGCAAAUCUUAUUAGAAAGAUUAGAAAAGAUUAUUACAUGUACUGCGCUGUAAAAGAGGGCUAUGAAUUACUUAAGUACGUCCUUGACAUUUUACUUGUGGGUGAUCUAGAGAGAAGGAUUGUUUUUCGCAUUUUUGAUGAGAUUGAGGAAAGCUUUAAUAGAUCAAGCCUUCUUGAGGAGUUCAAGAUGAUCGAGCUACCUGCUCUACAGGCUAAAUGUGUCAGUUUAGUAGAACUUCUGGUUGAAGGAAAUGAAGAGAACUAUUGUAAAGUUGUGGAAGUACUUCAAGAUACAUUUGAGCUUGUAACCAAUGACAUGAUGCUAAAUAGUUCCAGAAUACUGGAUUUUCUUUACUCUUUCCAACAGAGAGAAGAAGAUUCAACUGAAUUUUUCAGUAACAUUGAACCACAAUUGUUUGCAUCGAAGGAAUCUAUCCAUUUCCCACUGCCAGAUAGUGGCCCUCUGAAUGAAAAGAUCAAGCGUUUCCUUUUGCUGCUUACUGUCAAAGAUAAAGCAAUGGAUGUACCAGCAAAUUUAGAGGCUCGGAGGCGGAUUUUGUUUUUCGCUACUUCUCUCUUUAUGGAUAUGCCUAAUGCUCCUAAAGUGCGCAAUAUGUUGUCAUUCAGUGUUUUGACUCCACACUACAUGGAAGAAGUUACAUUCUCAACAAAGGAGCUUCAUUCAAGCCAAGAAGGGGUUUCCAUCGGCUUUUAUAUGCAGAAGAUAUAUCCAGAUGAGUGGAAAAACUUUUUGGAACGCAUGGGGAGUGAAUAUUCCGAUGAAUUAAAUGUGGAAUUGGAGGAAGAGUUUAGAAAUUGGACUUCUUUCAGGGGGCAAACUCUGAGCAGAACAGUUCGAGGAAUGAUGUACUACAGAAAAGCCUUAAAGUUACAAGCUUUUCUUGACAUGGCUGAAGACGAAGAUAUUCUUCAACGUUAUGAUGCCAUCGAGAGGGGAAGUGAUACAUUAUCGGCUCAACUAGAUGCACAUGCAGACAUGAAAUUCACACAUGUUAUAUCUUGUCAAAUGUUUGGAUCACAGAAAUCCUCUGGAGAACCUCAGGCCCAUGACAUAAUUGAUUUAAUGAUAAGGUACCCCUCUUUGCGUGUUGCUUAUGUUGAGGAGAAAGAAGAGAUUGCAACAGAUAAGUCUCGAAAAGUAUAUUCAUCCAUAUUAGUUAAAGCUGUCAAUGGCUUUGACCAGGAGAUAUAUCGCAUAAAACUUCCUGGACCACCAAAUAUUGGGGAAGGGAAACCUGAAAACCAAAAUCAUGCCAUAAUUUUUACACGUGGUGAAGCUCUCCAAGCGAUUGAUAUGAACCAGGAUAAUUAUAUGGAAGAAGCUUUCAAAAUGAGAAAUGUUCUACAAGAAUUUAUGCGGCACCAAGGACGGAAGUCUCCUACUAUACUUGGUUUGAGGGAACACAUAUUCACAGGAAGUAUUUCCUCUUUAGCAUGGUUCAUGUCUUAUCAAGAGAGCAGUUUUGUCACUAUUGGUCAAAGGCUUCUAGCGAAUCCUCUCAGGGUACGAUUCCACUAUGGACAUCCUGAUUUGUUUGACAGGGUUUUUCACUUAACAAGAGGUGGCAUAAGCAAAGCAUCAAAGACAAUUAACUUGAGUGAGGAUGUUUUUGCUGGGUUUAAUUCUACAUUACGACGGGGAUAUGUUACAUACCAGGAGUAUAUGCAAGUUGGCAAAGGUCGUGAUGUAGGCCUUAACCAGAUUUCAAAAUUUGAAGCGAAAAUAGCAAAUGGAAACAGUGAACAGACUCUAAGCCGUGAUAUAUACCGCCUUGGUCGUCGGUUUGAUUUCUUCCGGAUGCUUUCAUUAUACUUCACAACCAUUGGGUUUUACUUUAACAGCCUGAUAUCAGUAAUUGGAAUUUACGUGUUCCUUUAUGGGCAGCUUUACUUGGUUCUUAGUGGUUUGGAAAAAGCACUCCUUCUUGAGGCCAGAAUUCAGAACAUAAAAUCCCUGGAAACAGCUCUAGCUUCUGAGUCAUUUAUCCAGCUUGGACUCUUAACGGGCUUACCAAUGGUGAUUGAGAUUGGACUUGAGAGAGGAUUUCUUACUGCUCUGAAGGAUUUUGUCCUCAUGCAAUUGCAACUGGCUGCUGUAUUCUUCACUUUCUCUCUUGGAACAAAAUCUCAUUAUUAUGGCAGAACAAUUCUUCAUGGAGGCGCCAAGUACAGACCCACAGGUCGUAAGGUUGUGGUGUUUCAUGCCAGCUUCACAGAGAAUUAUAGACUAUAUUCCCGAAGUCACUUCGUGAAAGGAUUUGAACUGCUGCUCCUGUUGACUGUUUAUGAUUUAUUUAGACGGCCCUACCAAAACAGUAUGGCAUAUGUGUUAAUCACAUAUGCCAUUUGGUUCAUGUCGUUGACUUGGUUGUUUGCACCAUUUCUUUUUAAUCCUUCUGGAUUUAACUGGGGCAAGAUAGUGGAUGAUUGGAAAGAUUGGAAUAAGUGGAUUAAGCAACAAGGUGGUAUAGGAAUCCAUCAGGAUAAGAGUUGGCAGUCCUGGUGGAACCAUGAACAAGCUCAUCUUCGUCAUUCUGGGCUGAUUUCUAGGUUGAUUGAAAUAUUUCUCUCUCUCAGAUUUUUUAUUUACCAGUAUGGUCUGGUCUAUCACCUUGAUAUAUCUGGGCAGAACAAAAAUUUCAUAGUUUAUGUGCUCUCGUGGGUUGUCAUUGUUGUGAUUUUCCUGUUAGUCAAGGUAGUGAACGUGGGGAGGCAACGGUUGAGUGCUAAAUAUCACCUUGCAUUCAGGCUAUUUAAAGCAUUUAUUUUCCUCGGUGUCCUAUCUACCAUAAUAACUCUCUCCUACAUCUGUGAACUCUCUUUGAUGGACUUGAUCGUGUGCUGUCUGGCAUUUUUGCCAACAGGAUGGGGUUUAAUAUUGGUUGCACAAGCUGUGAGACCCAAGAUAGAGGAUACAGGAUUGUGGGAUUUCACCCGGGUCUUUGCUCGAGCUUAUGAUUAUGGAAUGGGCAUUCUUCUUUUUGCACCCAUAGCUUCUUUGGCAUGGCUCCCAAUCAUCUCGGCUUUCCAGACUCGUUUUCUUUUCAACGAGGCGUUCAAUAGGAAAUUGCAUAUUCAACCAAUUCUUGCAGGAAAAAGGAAACGUGGAUAACAUCCCCUCAACUGGGAUUGUGUACAGAAUACUCGUGUAUAGUCAAAUCACUGUCACAAAUACUCAUUUUGUAAAAGUGAUGCAUCUAAGAUAAAAUAUAUACAUCAAUUGAUUCUUUUGAUUAAAAAUAAAUAAAAUUACAAGAGACUGAAGGAAAACGUUUAUACUUCGUUCCAAGUAACUUUCUGUAGAGUAAGAGUCAUUCGCGACUGUGUACUAUUUAAGAAUUUAGAUGAACCCUUCCAUUGUUUUCUUAAAUUGUGCCAAGGGUCACUGUGAAGAUCAAAGAAGUUGAAACAGUAACUAAUGAUAUCAUUGGCAUUCUCUAAGAGUGUAAAUUGUUCAUAUAGCUGAACUUGAUAUAUGCAGCUCUGAUUUGGCAGAACUGAAGUUUAGCAGAGUGGAUUAUUUAUGAUUGUAUACAGCUAACAUUUUUAAAUUGCAAUUGUGCAGCAGAACUGUAUUGAUUUUCAUCAUAAA